ACAAAAUAUAAAAUUAAACAACCACCUUCGAUUCAACUGUUUCAAACCCCAAAGGCCACGCGCUCUCUUUCUCUCACACACAAACCAAACCCACUCCACUUGUGUGUCGUGUGUGUGAGUGUUCCUCUCUCUGAACAAAUUCGGUAUGGGGAGUUCCAUUCUGGACGCACUCAACGUGCGCGUUGAGGGCACCGGCGACAAGUACCUGGUCCUGGCACACGGCUUCGGCACAGACCAGUCGGCGUGGCAGCGCGUGCUUCCCUACUUCACGCGCCACUACAGCGUCAUUCUCUACGACCUGGUGUGCGCCGGCAGCGUCAACCCAGACCACUUCGACUACCGCCGCUACACCACCCUCGACGCCUACGUCGACGACCUCCUCAACAUCCUCGAGGCCCUCCGCGUCCCCCGCUGCGCCUACGUCGGCCACUCCAUCUCUGCCAUGAUCGGCAUGCUAGCCUCCAUCCGCCGUCCCGACCUCUUCUCCAAACUCAUCCUCAUCGGCGCCUCCCCCAGAUUUCUGAACGACAAGGACUACCAUGGGGGAUUCGAGCAGGGAGAGAUCGAGCAGGUGUUCUCGGCAAUGGAGGCCAACUACGAGGCGUGGGUGAACGGUUUCGCGCCACUGGCGGUGGGGGCGGACGUGCCGACGGCUGUGAGGGAGUUUUCUCGGACGCUGUUCAACAUGCGACCGGACAUCUCGCUGUUCGUGUCGCGCACGGUUUUCAACAGCGACCUGAGGGGGAUUCUUGGUCUGGUUUGCGUGCCCUGCUGCAUCAUGCAAACGGCACGUGACAUGUCCGUGCCUGAAACCGUGGCCAAAUACAUGAAGGAGCACAUCGGCGGGAAAAGCACCAUCCAAUGGCUGGACACGGAGGGUCACCUCCCGCAUCUCAGCGCUCCCUCCUACCUGGCUCGGCAGUUGGAGAUCGCGCUGUCGCAGUAGCGCGUUGAGUGGCGGCGCGUGAUAGUUCAUUAAUUAAAUGAUUAAGUGUUGCAGUAGUAUUAGUGUUAGUAUUAUUAGCAGUAGAAGGGUAGGGUAGAAGCUACUACGAAGGGUACUAGAAGAAAUGUACGAAAGGCUCCGAAAGUGGACACGUGGCGAAUAACGUGUGGGUGUUUGCUUCUUGGACUUUCGGAUUUUUAUUUUAGGAUAAGAAUCUGCACGUGGAUUUCACGUGAUGCGUCCCCAGUUUUAGUAGUAUCUCUCUAUCAACGUAAUUAUUAUUAUUAAACUAAAACAUUCUCUUUAUUUUUUACUAAAAUUUAUUAAAUCUCAAUUAAAUUUUGAGAUUUUUAUUAAAUUUUAGUGGCGGAUAAAGAGAGCGAUUUUAGUUUUUUUUUAUCGCUUUUUGUAGUUCUUUCCUAUUUUUCGAGAGAAAAAGAAUAGCAGAAAUGAGAGAGACCUGUCUGUUAGUGUGAUUGUAGUUUUUAUUAUUAAUAUUAUUACGAUUGCAGUUGGUUGUUGUUGCUA